AUGAGCUUCCUCCUUUUCAUUCUCUUCUUAACAAUUGCAUCAGUGGUGCCCCAGCCUAUACGUUUUCAAUCUUUUGAAGAAUUUGAUAGUGCACUGGCGAUGUCUACAGCUCCUGUUGAUAAGACUACACCUAGCGAAACAAUGAAUCCAACAACAACUGCUGGUAAAUCAACAGUUCUUCCAAAGGAUGUUUACCAGUGGUUGUCGUCUGGAUUCAAUGUUUUGAUCAGUGUUGUUUCAUCAACUGGAGUUGUAGGCACCUGCUGGUGUGGAAUCAAAUUGGUUCGUAAUGGUUGUAUUUGUAAAUCUACAUGGUUUUAUCCUAAAUCUUUCGCCGAAUAUAGACGACGACAACAAGAAAAAAUUAAAAAUCAAUUAGGAAUGCAUAAUCCAGCAUUCAAACAACCAGUAUUAUCUUCAUCAUUAACAUCCUCAUCACCACCAUCACCACAAUUUGCUUUACCUGUACAUAAUGCCUAG